GGCGGGCGGUGGCGGCGCAGGGCGGCGGCUCCCACGUGCUCCCGACGGCCGGUGGAGACCGUUGCGGGUGCCGGCGGGCAGAGCAAGACUUCAAGCCUCUCGUGGAGCAGAGGCGACCGUCUAGCUAAAAAUGGUAUUUUUCACGUGCAAUGCAUGUGGCGAAUCAGUGAAGAAAGUUCAAGUGGAAAAGCACGUGGCUGUUUGCCAGAACUGUGAAUGCCUUUCUUGCAUCGACUGUGGGAAAGAUUUCUGGGGAGAUGACUAUAAGAACCAUGUGAAAUGCAUCAGUGAAGAUCAGAAGUAUGGCGGCAAGGGCUUCGAAGGCAAGACCCACAAAGGUGAUGUUAAACAGCAGGCCUGGCUGCAGAAAAUAAAUGAGCUGAUGAAAAGAUCCAAUGUCAGCCCCAAAGUGAAGGAACUCUUAGAGCAAAUCAGCGGAUUUGACAACGUGCCCAGGAAAAAGGCAAAGUUCCAGAACUGGAUGAGGAACAGUCUGAAGGUUCACAGUGAGGCAGUCCUGGAGCAGGUGUGGGGCAUCGUCUCGGAAGCAUCUGACGGCGAUCUGGAUGGUCACCAGAAGCCCCCUGGCCCGGUGGCCCACCCGCACACUGACAGUACCACCAAGACACCCUCUUCUGGUGCAGACGAGACGGCGGCAAAGUCCACAGAGGGGAAGAAGAACAAACGGGAACGGAAGGAGGAACGGCAGAAGAACCGAAAGAAAGAGAAGAAAGAGCUGAAAUUGGAGAACCACCAAGAGAACUGCAAGGGCCAGAAAGCCAAGAAGCGCAAGCUGGACCCGGCGGCCGAGGCCGGAGGGGAGACCGAGCCCAGAACCACCGGCCCCACGGGGAAGAAGAAGCGGAAAGGCCAGCAGGCUAUGAAUGGGGGCACCUCCGAGGACGGGGCGCCCCAGGCCAGUGCGGCCAAGCGGAAGCGCAAGCACUCGGAAGCUGCUGUGCCCGUGGAAGCGGCGUUCAAGAAGAAAGAGGUCCAGGUGCCAGACCAGGCUGAGGAUGGCGAGGCAGAAGACCACACAGAAGCACUCGCCCGAGGUAAAUUCAACUGGAAAGGGACGAUCAAAGCUUUGCUGAAGCAGGCGCCUGACAACGAGUUAGCUGUCAAGAAGCUAAGGAAGAAGGUGCUCGCACAGUACCACACCGUGUCGGGGGAGCAGCACCUGUCUGAGGAGGAGCUCCUGGCCAUCUUCAACAGGAAGAUCAGCAAGAACCCCAGCUUGAAGUUACUCAAGGACAAAGUCAAGCUUUUGAAAUGAACAUUUUUUUAUUUAAAAAAAAAAAACAGUGGAGUCCAUGCCGUCCACUUCUUCCUCUCACUG